CUGCGCCACUCUGCGUGCUGGAUGGAGAUCCACAGUCAAGAGCUGCAGCUCAGUGCUGGAGUACAACAUUUCACAGGGAGCCCUGCAGAAGCAACACCUGUUUCGAGCCAGCCAAGAAAGGCACAAGCACUUGUAUGUUGCUGCUUUGCUUGUGGAUCGGCAAUAACCCUAAACCAGUGGACAUCUGCUGAGCCUCCUGAGAAUUCUGGAUAAUAGAUUUGGACGUCAAAAGUUUUAUUUUUUAAUUUUUUUGUGCCUUUUGCCUUUUUUUCCUUUCCAUUUUUUUUUUUUUUUUGGAUUUAUCUCAGCCAACAACGUGAGAUUUCCCCCCUCCCCCUUUGCAGGAUUCAUGCUGAUGUAUGCAGUCUGUUAUAGAGUAAAAACAGCGCAUGCCUUUCUGGAGUCAGAAUCCAUAAAUCCUGACGUAGCCUGUGCAUCUUAAAAAAAAAAUCCCUAUAACGCCUAGAAUCUUCUGAUGGCUCCCUUAGGUGAAGUUGGGAACUAUUUCGGUGUGCAGGAUGCAGUACCCUUUGGGAAUGUGCCCGUUUUGCCGGUGGAUAGUCCGGUUUUGUUAAGUGACCACCUGGGUCAGUCUGAGGCAGGUGGGCUACCCAGGGGGCCUGCGGUCACGGACUUGGACCAUUUAAAGGGGAUCCUCAGGCGGAGGCAGCUAUACUGCAGGACUGGAUUUCAUUUAGAAAUCUUCCCCAAUGGUACUAUCCAGGGAACCAGGCAAGACCACAGCAGAUUUGGUAUACUGGAGUUUAUCAGUAUAGCAGUGGGCUUGGUCAGCAUUCGAGGAGUAGACAGUGGACUCUACCUUGGAAUGAAUGAGAAAGGGGAACUCUACGGCUCGGAAAAAUUAACCCAGGAGUGUGUAUUCAGAGAGCAGUUUGAAGAAAACUGGUAUAACACAUAUUCAUCAAAUCUAUAUAAACAUGUGGACACUGGAAGACGAUACUACGUUGCGUUAAAUAAAGAUGGGACUCCAAGAGAAGGGACUAGGACUAAACGGCAUCAAAAAUUUACACAUUUUUUACCUAGACCAGUGGACCCUGAGAAAGUACCUGAACUAUAUAAGGAUAUUUUAAGCCAAAGUUGACAAAGACAAUUCCUUCACUUGAGCCCUUAAAAAGUAACCACUAUAAAGGUUUCAUGCGGUGGGUUCUUAUUGAUUAGCUGUGUCAUCACAUCAGCUCCACUGUUGCCAAACUUUGUCGCAUGCAUAAUGUAUGAUGGAGGCUUGGAUGGAACAUGCUGAUUUUGUUCUGCACUUAAAGGUUUGUCCUCCUGGAGGAGAGCCUAUGCCCACUCGCUUGAUUUAGUACGAGAGGGGGAGCGCGAGAGAGUGAGUGAGAGCGAGCGCGAGAGGACGCGAGAGCGUGAAUGGGAGUGAGAGAGAGGGGAGCCGAGGGAGGAGGAGAACGGCCUGAUGCAUGCUGGGGAAUGGACACGCUUUUAAAUUUUUGAUCAGUUGUACUUCGUCAUAUAUCAGCAUAGCUGCCAUACUUUGAUUCAUCGGGAUUUUUGGCUGGUGGCCUGCUCAAGUGUACGCUGCAUUUACAAAAGGCAUGGAGGGUGCAGUCUUACUUAGACAAGAGACUUUUCAGUUAAUCGCUCGCUGGGUCUCACCCCGCUGAGUUUAAAGCAAAGACCUCUUAGUAAAAAAAAAAAUAAAAAAUAAAAAGUUAAAUUUAUUUAUAGAAAUUCCAAAGGCAACAUUUUAUUUAUUUUAUAUAUUUAUUUAUUAUAUAGAGUUUAUUUUUAAUGAAAUAUGUACAGGCCAGAUAGGCAUUUUGGAAGCUUUAGGCUCUGUAAGCAUUAAAACGGCAAAGGCCACUAUGAACCUGUGGUAAAUUCAUGCAAGUAAAUAUAAAGGUGCAUGGAUAAAAAGAAAAAAAAAAACAAUAAAAAGGUAAUAAUAAUAAAUUCUAGUGACCCUCAUGUACUAAAGGCGACAAUCUCUUUUGUGCCUGUAUUAUUGUAAAAGUAUGCACACCACUCAUGACACUGAGUAUUCACUCUUCUGACUGCUUGUUUCAUAGCUUACCCCCAGAGGAUUAAAAAGAAAACUGGGUCUUCAACUUUUUUUCUGUGUCUGUAAUAUUUCCUCUCUGAUAAAGUGACUUAUUACAUCAUUGUAAACUUCACGGCUGUGGAAAAUAUAGGGGUUGGAAUAUAUUCUACUUGUUAAAACCUAUUGCAGAUUAUACCAAAGCUAAAUGAUAAAUAUGCUUUUUUUUUUUUUUUUCCUUCCUAAAGCAGAAUGCCAGAAACAACAUAAGUAAUAUCAACAAUUGUACUAAUUUUAAGAUUCCACAAAUAGCACAUAAAGGUUUCAGAGAGCAAGAACCAGGCUAACAGGAUCACUCUUGUAAACAUGUUUAUUUGUGCACUUGACUAUCUACUAUGAAAUUAUACAAGUUCCAUAGGGGUCAUUGUAACAUCUUUUAUGGAAAAUUGCUUUCAGUGUGACUGUCAUAAUACAUGAUAUUAGCACCCUUCCUGAAGUAAAACUUGCAAAAUGAAACUAAUAAAUCUCUAUCAAUAACGACAA